UAAAAGAACGAACGAUCAAAAAUAACGACACGUGGACGUACUCGAUAAAAAAAAAUGAAACGAACGAACUCGAUUGUAAAUUUUAAUUGACAUAAAAGAAAGAAAAGAAAAAAAAAAAAAAAAACAAUCAGACUGUUCUGAAUGAAAAUAUAGAGAUAGAUAAUGAUCAUCGUAAAAUCAGUAUUAUGUCUUAUAAUUUAUCUUGUUGUUUUCUUUAUACCAAAGCAAAAAAAAGAAUCUUAUCGUCUGUUAUAAUGUCCCAGAUAUAGAAAAUAGAUCACAUUUUUCGAUUCGUUCGAUUUUUUAUCUCACAAUAUUUUCUUUUUUCUCUUUUGUUUUUCUUUUGUUUUCGUUAAGUGUAGAUACACCUUACAUUUCUAAUCAAUGAUCUUAAUACUCGUGAAACAAUGACAGCCAAUCGUUGAAGUUGUGUGUGAACUCAAUUGGCUCCAUUAUAGAGUUGUGUAUUUAAACUCGUUGAUGACGUUGCAAUAUAAUUUUAAAUAAAGUUUUUGCGUGAGGAUAAAAAAUGUCUUUCGAUUUAUACAAAUUAAAAUAAUGAAAUCCAAAGCGACGGAAUUCACGGAUGUACAUGAUCCCGCUACGAACGAACUUAUCUGCCGUACUCCAAAAUGUACGAAGGAAGAAAUGGAAAGAGCCGUUGAGAGUGCGAAAAACGCUUAUGAGAAGUGGCGGAACACUAGCGUACUCACUAGGCAAAAUUUAAUGCUCAAGUAUCAGGCUCUUAUACGAGAGCACUCGAAAGAAAUAGCGGAAAAUAUGGUGAAGGAAAAUGGCAAGACUACGCUUGAUGCCGAAGGUGACAUUCUUCGUGGUCUUCAGGUCGUAGAUGCUUGCACGUCAAUUCCAAUAUUACAAAUGGGUGAAUCAACGCCUAAUAUUGCCACGGACAUGGAUAUAAUUUCUUAUAAAAUUUCUCUUGGCGUGACGGCUUCCAUAUGUCCGUUCAAUUUUCCCGCUAUGAUCCCACUUUGGUCGUUUCCAGUAUCCGUUGCUUGUGGCAACACGACAAUCUUAAAACCUUCAGAACGUGUACCAGGAGCUUCGAUGAUCCUUGCUGAUCUCUUUACGGAAGCAGGUGCCCCACCAGGUCUUUUAAAUGUCAUUCAUGGACAACAUGCUGCGGUCGACUUCAUCUGUGAACAUCCAAAUAUCAAGGCUGUGUCAUUUGUCGGCUCGGAUCAAGCAGGUAAAUACAUAUACAAACAGAGUAGUGCGCAUGGUAAACGUGUGCAAUGUAAUAUGGGAGCAAAAAAUCAUUGUGUGGUGCUACCGGAUGCGAAUAAAAAUAAAACAAUUUCGCAAAUAACUGGCGCGGCGUUCGGUGCAGCCGGUCAAAGGUGUAUGGCUUUGUCCGUGGCAAUUUUCGUUGGUAAAUCGAAAGAAUGGAUAGGGGAGUUGGUUGAGGCUGCCAAGAGAUUAAAGGUCAAUGCCGGACACGUACCCGGUACAGACCUUGGACCGGUUAUAUCGCCGCAAUCGAAACAAAGGAUAUGUAAUUUAAUCGAAUCCGGUGUGAAAGAAGGUGUUGGUCUUCCUCUCGAUGGAAGAGGAAUCGUUGUUCCAGGAUAUGAACGUGGAAAUUUUAUUGGGCCAACUAUUUUAACCGAUGUCAAGUCAUCUAUGAAAUGUUAUACGGAAGAGAUCUUUGGACCAGUUCUUUCCUGCAUGUUCGCCGAUACUUUGGACGAAGCCAUCGAUAUUAUCAAUAAAAAUCCUUAUGGCAAUGGUACUGCCGUAUUUACUAAUAAUGGUGCAACCGCAAGAAAGUUCGUUGAUAGAAUUGAAGCUGGUCAAGUUGGCGUGAACGUUCCUAUUCCUGUUCCAUUGCCCAUGUUUAGUUUCACCGGUAAUAAAGGAUCUUUUCUCGGGGACAAUCAUUUCUACGGAAAAUACGCUUUCAAUUUCUACACACAAACGAAGACGAUAACGCAAUUAUGGCGAUCAGGAGAUGCGAGCAACAUCGCUUCGUCAACAGCAAUGCCCACGAUGCAAUGAAAAUAAAUCGUCACUUUGAUGAAAACAAUGUUAUUUUUUUUUUAAUUAAUUCUACGCUUAAUUGAGUCUUCCAAGGAAUAAAAAUCAUUCAAUAGUU